AUGGAGAAACAGGAAAGAAAUGCACGUAACAUCUGUGAAGAAAAUGAAAGAUUAGAACAACAGGUAGAAAAGUUAUCGAGGGAUAUGCAAAAUGAGGUUUUUAUUAAGAAUUCUACAAUUAACCUCUUAAAUGAGGAGUUAAAGGAUAAAAAAGAUGAAAUUCAUUUCAUGAACAUAACAAAUGAAAAGCUAAGCAAAGAUUUGGAUCAAGCUGAAGCUUUAAUAAAUAGGUUAAAAGAUCAGUGGAAAGAGGAGGAAAAACAGCUAGAAGAUUUAAUAAAGAAGUUACUAGAUGAUAAUAAGUAUUUACAAGAAAUUGAGUAUCUGAGAGAGGAUGUAACUCAAGAGAAAUUAAAAAAUCAGGAUUUGAUUGAAGAGUUGAAUAGAUUACAAAAAGAAAAUGAAGAUCUAAAAUUAAAAGCUCUACAUCUUCAACCCGGGAGAUCACUCUUAGAUGAGCUCAGUGAGGCAAAUAUCAAAGCAGACAAAUUUACUCAAACGGAAAAUGACUAUGAUGAAGGUGAGUAUAGUCAGGAAUCAGAUUUAGGUUACGCUUCUUUUCUUGAUGGAAUAAAGCUAGAGUCGAGUUUUAAGCAAAAGUGUCCAGAACCAAAUAGACCAUUGAAUUUAGAAAAGCAGGAUUUAACUAGAGAGUUGAGUACAUUACAAAAAGAAAAUGAUGAUCGAAAGUCUAAACUUCUAUGCUUUCAACCUGAAAUGUUACUUUCCAAUGAACCGAGUGAAGUAAAGAUCAAAGCAGGCAAAUUUACUCAAACAGAAAAUGACUAUGAUAAAGGUGAGUGUAGUCAGGAAUCAGAUUUAGGUUACGCUUCUCUUCUUGAUGGAAUAAAUCCAGAGUCGAGUUUUGAGCAAAGGUGUUCAAAAACAGAUAAAGCCUUGAAAAGGCUACCAAAAAAGUUCAAGAAAAAGCAAGUGAAUGACAAGUAUCAGCUGAUCAAAGAAUAUUUAUGCUCUUCAUUUAAACGUUGUAGUUUCACAUUUCGUGAUUGCUCUUUAAUGGAUAUUACUGAAGAUACGUUUGAUAACUUAAUGCGUAUAUGGUUUGUUCACAGAUCCAACUUAAUAAGAAGUGAAAAUGAAAAGAAGUUAAAUGAAGGAUUGUUAAGUAUUUUAAGCUCCACAGGAAAUAAUUAUGCUGAGAAUCUUGAGAGGUUUUUACUCGACAACAAAGACAAUCAAGAUUUAAAAACUGUUCUUAAUCUUAGAAGGGGAGAGUCUGGAUUAACUGUACUACAUGCAUUAUCAAGCAUAGCUGAUAAAGAUAAAGACUAUGAUAAUGCUGUGGGUUUGCUUUUAAAAGCAGGAGCUGACCCUAACAUACAUAAUGAUAGAGAGCAGACACCCUUGCAUUGUGCUAAUGGAUUUAACAGCAUAGCUUCUCUUCUAAAAGCAGGGGCUAAUCCUAAUCAGCAAGAUAAUCAAGGAAAAACCCCUUUGCAUUAUGCUGCUAAAGUUGGAUUAGAUAAAGAAAGUAUAAAUUUGUUUCUAGAGAGCAGAGCUAAGCUCAAUAUACUUGAUAAACAGGGAAAAACUCCUCUAGAUGUUGCAAUUGAUAAUGAUAACAAAUAUAUAGAGUGCUUUUUCACUGACAAUCAGAAAAGAUUAAAAAAGGAAUUAUCUAAUGAGUUGCGCUUUCAAGGUGAUUCAGUUGGCCUUACUGAAGGUCUCAAGGAGUGUUUACAUAAACAUAAAAAUGAUCAAGAUUUAAAAGUGGUUUUAAAUCUUUGUGAAUUUGAAACUGUCCUUGAAGUAAGAAGAUUACUUUUUUCAGAAGCAGGAGUAACUUACAAAAUGGGCUAUAGAAUGGAAGAAUAUGUGCCAGAAUCUAGCUUAUGGUAUAAUUUAAUGUUAAAUCAAAAUAUGGAGCUGGAUGAAUUAUUCAAAAAAGCAUCUAAAGUUCAAAAUAUGUAUCAACUAUCAGAAAUUGUAGGUCAAGUUAUACAGUCUGGGGUAAGAUUUAAUUUUCCCAGAUCAUUUUAUGAUGAAUUUGGAGAAGAAAUAUAUAAUUUCAUGGAUCUUGUGGUGAAAAAAACCGGCGAAUUAGACAGUAACUUUGAAAUUGCUAGUGACAUAGUAUGUAAAUUGUUAUCAAGAGGAGCAAUGUUGUAUAGCGUAGAUGCUGAGGAUUUAUUUGAUAUUCUGGAAUGGGAGUUUGAAGGCCAUAAAAUCAAUAUAGUAAAAGCCUAUGAAGAUUAUAUCAAUCGUACUACAAAAUUUAUAGAAAUUGCUAAAAGUGCAUCCAAUGGUAAGGUGAAAAAUGCAAAAAUGGAUAACUCCUCUUUUUAUUUAGAAUAUUCAGAGGAUAGCACGAUAGAUGUUGCAAAGAUUACAGAUGGAGAAAGAGAUUUAGGAUUCACUCAGGAAGCAGUAUAUGGAAGAAAUAUAAUAAAGAUUGGUGAAAGUGAGGUAGAAAUUAUAACUCAAGGAGGAAUAAGGAAUUAUACAGACCUUGCAGAUGGUAGUGAUAUAGCACUCACUUUCCAUACUAGUUUAGGAGAGUUAAAAGUGAGAUUAUAUCCUGAUAAGGAAAAUGAAAAUUUUAUAACAGUAGAGGUGAAUGAUGAAGAUCUGCUGGAUAAAAUAGAAAAUUAUAACGAAAAAAUAGGCAAGAAUUGCUUGCUAGGAGGGUUGUCAGUAAAUGAAGCUAUAAAUCUAGGUUCUUUCAAUAAAUCUAGAGCAUUGUUUCAUCCUAAAAAGAUCGGUCAAUCUGAUGAGACAAAAGUCCCCCUUUGGAAAGAACCUGGAAAGAUGAGAGUAACCUCAAAUCUCCAAGAAACGCAAGCUACUCUCCAUAAUAAAGGAACUCGUACUAUGCUGUAA